CAAAAAAUUCGUAUGUCCUCCGCGAGUUUAGCCGUCCUCGGAGGCCGACCGUUUCCCACCACCAUCAUCUCCUCCUCCGACUCUCGACGAUUCCCGGUUUCCUUUCCAGAUAACGCAAAAUACUAACUUACGAUUACAAGCCUAUAAAUUCGGCGGUACGAACGAAUAGGCGAUAAAAAUUCAUGCCGCCGUGCCUCACCGUGAAGUGAGUGCUUCACCAUGAUGUAGCUGAGGCCCGCCGGAGGAGCAUCUGGAUUAUGCAAGGUGAAUUAUUUAUCGAACUCGCGAGGCGGCCAAUUAAUUCGAGAUAUCUCAACGCGCCAUUCAUCAAAGUUGCAACGACUUAAUAAUAAUUAACAGUCACUCUCGCCGGUAAAUAUCAGUUGGCGUCAAAUAGCUUUCUACCGAGGCGGUAGAAAAGAGAUAUUCCCGUGGAAUGUCAUUCUCGCAGAUUUGGGAAAGGAAUCGCGAGUAGGAAUUCUGCGCAUAAAAUCGCGAAACGCGAUCGAGAGUUUGAGUUUCGCAGGCCAUUCAUUCUUGUUCUCUUUUUUCGUAUUUUUUUUUUUUUUUUUAUUUUUCUUUCGGCGAAGCGGAUGUUUUCAUUCAUCAGUCGACUAAUAACAUCGUGUUAAGAUGACACAAUUAUUAAAAUUAUACUCAAAAUAUACAUUUUGCCACGCGACGGAUUUACGUCGUGUACUUGAUGACCAGAGUUAAGUUUGAUGAAUGAAUUGCAAUUUUCAGGCCGCGAGAAGGCAUUCACGAGUCGCGCAGCUUCAUGAUUUUCCGCCGCUUUUCUGCGGCACGCGUCGCUCGACGCGUUUAUCACAGGCGCCGCUUACAAGCUUGCAACCUGCGAUCCUUUCGCCGACGAGGAGACGAGUACCGAGUGACGAAACAGCCGCCGACUGGAUUAUGUUGGCCGAUAUUGCAAACGCGGUAGUGGCGCGUCUCCUUACCGAGAGCCGAGUCUGUCCCAGAUUCGCGCGAGAUGCACUUCUCCAUGCGAACAUUAACCGACCUGCCGAUACUUGGCGCUUCGCCAGUGAUUGAUUCUCCGGUAUAACGACCCCUUCGAGCUUUCCCGUCGCUAGACCUUACGUGAUCCAGGUAUUAAUUUAGGAAAUCGAUGACUAUUCAAUGCUCCAUCGUUGCUUGCGUCUCGUGAAUUAUCGGUUUGUCAUUACCGCGCGAUAUUUAAUCGAUCACACUGUGUUAAUCGGGGCAACCUAUCUCCGUAAACCUGUCGCGUCGGACGCGGGAUGGACCUUUGGAGUCGAUGUGAGAGCUUCAUCCUUCAUUAAUAACGUGAUCACGAUAAUCGCGCACCUUGGAUAAAUCCCCUGGACGAUUAGAUUUCUUUAAACUCUCAGCGAAGAACUUCGCAUUGCAAAGGAAGACGGUUAUAUUUUAACUUUCAUACCUUCCAAUUCGUUGUUACCAACGCCAAGCGUUACCUCACUUUGUGCGUUUCCAACAUUAAUUUUAUUUUGUCCGGAUAAUUACUUUAUUUAUAUUUUUCCGUCAUUAUUUAUUGAAUUUCGACGGCAUCGCGUGACCAACUUAUUCGGACCUCUCGUCUUUCUGCCGAUUAAUAAUGAUCUCUACUAAUUACCGUUAAAUGAACGUCGGUUUAUCGCGCCGCUAUCGGUUCGCAGGGCUGCUUAUGUACGAUCGAUACACGAAAGUGUGUCAGCUCUAAUCACAGUCGCGACACUCGCACGCGUGUCCUCGUGUACGCCGUUGCUCGUUUCAUUCACGAGCGAUCGUCCCCGCGUCGCACUUGCACAUGGUGGUGCGGUGAUGACGGUUCAGUUAAAAAUAACGACCGGCGAACGCGUCAGUUAUUAGACCACGCGGAGGGAUCGCGGCCAGAAUAGCUUGAAGCGCUUAAUCCAGAGAAAAGCUGUCUUACUUUAUUUACUUAUUUGCGAUAUACCUUGUGUCCAAGUCACAUUAUUUGUCAUAUAUAAUUUGAGAGAUUUUGUCAUCAGAUCACGAAAAUAAUGUCGUCUCUAAGAUAUCCUCCAUUCGAUGAAAUUAUGAUGUUUUGAAGAGAAGAAGAUUUUGUAACAAAACUUGUCAUAUCAUCGUUGGAUAUUUUAAUUGAGUGUGAAAGAUCCGAAAUACUUUUCCUCAGACCGUCUAGCCUUGGAGGAGAAAUUUAUCGAGCCAAAACCUCUAAAUAGUCAGUUUCACCGCUAGAAGGUCUCGAGAGAGAUAUCCAAAGACGAUGUCGUGAAUCGCGGUAAUUAUCUAUUUUAAGUGGACUUUAAAUUUUAACUAGCUAUAAAAUAUUAUUUUACGCGGCACAUAGUCUCAAGGAAAGGAUUUAACGGACGGAAUUUUACAUGAACCUUCAAGUGGUCACUUUUGCCGAUAGAAGUCUUAUAAGAACGACGAUGCCUUGAAUUGCGAUAAUUAUCGUUUUGCCCGAUUGGUCAUCGCACCUGAGAGCGAUUGGUAAGAAUCGCUGAAAUUAUAAUAACGUGAGUUACAGAUUAAUCCGAUGGAUUCUAACUCUCUCUCUUCGUUACACAGGGUGCCCGCGACGUUGGCAUUUGGGUACAUCACGCCGUGCGAAGAAACGAACGAGAUUGCGGAAUCUUAAUAAAUCGAUAAUCGAUUACACCGAUGAUCAGACGCUCCUUGGGACUCUUUCAUAAACGCAGCGCUUUCGAAUCGCUUGCAUAAACAUCAGCUAAGGUAACGCGAUUGUCCUUGAAUAAUAUUUCGCGCCCAUUUUCGUUUGUUGCGUACAUUACUAAGCGAGAGAUAAAUCAUUUCUUGUUCGCCGAAAAUGGACUCGCGAUCGUUUACGCUUGUCGCCUCCCACGAACGAGAAACCAAGAUUGGGUAAGUUAACAUUUUUUUUAACUAAAUUAAGUUAAAGUUAAUGGCUUUGAAAAUUUAACUUAGUUAAGAUAAAGUUAACCCAUAAUGAAAUCAAUUGAAUUAAAAGUUAAGUUAAUAAAAAAAAGUAAUUCAAAAGUUAAAUUUGUUUUACUUCAUGACUUCAGUUUUACAAGUAAUGGAAAAAAUAAAUAUACACCUUAUUUAGAAACUUGUUUUAUUUACAGAUAUUUAUUAAGUUUAAGUAAUAAAGUUUUUUCGUCAUUUCUGUCGGACAUUUUUUCUCGGAGAUUGUCGAAAAUGAGCCCUCCUGCACUGAACAGCCUUUCGAUGUCUCGUGACACCUUUAUAACAUGAUUAACUUCAAGAUAAUUGAAUUAAAAGUUAAUAGUUAAAAUGUAACUAAGUUAAAAGUUAAGAGUAUAAAAAUGUAAUUAAGUUAAGUUAAAGCUAUUUAACUUUUUAAUUUAACUUUUAACUUUUUAACUAGUUACUACCCAACCCUGGAAAUAAUGAAAAAUGUCAAAAUCGAUGGACAGCCAGUGAUAGGAGGCUUGUAACACUUUUGCCCCGAUGAAUUUUAGAAUGCAUCGGAUAGUGAAAUUGAACCUUCGCAAACGAUUGAAAAACGUAUUGAAUAUGCCUUCGCAAACGACUGAAAUUUCUCGUAUUGAAUAUGCCAGGUACACAAUUUUUCUUCCGCUGAUUGUCAGGAUUCAGCCUGUAGGGUCCGCUGAUUUGAGUUUACUUUGAACGAUUCGGUCUGCGAGCAGUCGCGAUAGGAAAUUGUAUAUGUAGAAAAACAUCCGGGAUAAAAUUAGAAGCAGGAUUCUCAAGUUCAGUCUUGGAUUAUCGAGAUCGCUUGAAGUUUUAACAUUCUGUUUAACGAGAGAGAGAAGGAGAUAGCGUUAAAUAAAUCACGAGCAAGUCCUGGGAUUAUCGCUCGACCUCGUUGAGAAUUCCUCGUCGAUCGGCUCUCUCGCGAGUGAAAAAUAACUCGAGAUAAAUCCGGGUGGCGCUUGCAAAUUAGCGUUUCGCUCCUGGAGCCAAUACUCGGCCCUGGGCAAUUUUUCCUUCGCUGCAUCUUCGCCGCCGCGGUAAAAACGCGGGGUAAAAACGCCGAGGGAUAAAUCAGGAUAACGCGACAGCCGCGGUGCAAACGCGGCAACGCGAACUUCUACAGCGAUUUUUCGUAACAAGCGAUACUUUAUUUAUUUAUGAUGCCGGAGUUGCGUGCGCCGGACUAUAAUUUCGCGCGUACGUCGCGUAUAUGUGCACGCGCGCAUGUGUGUGUGUGUGUGUGUGUUGGCGUUGCGCAAGGAUAUUUUUGUAUAUCCUCUCGGGAAAGACUGUUCUCGUCGAGAGAGGAGGUGUAUCGAACCUUUUGCCAAAGUUAUGUAACCGUGAGAGUGAUGGCAUCGCGUCGGUCACUAUUACGUUGUCACUGUUACAUUGAACUAUCUGUAAAUUGCCACUACCUCCUUUGUUACGACACGCCAAUCGAAAAAUCGCGGUUCUCGGUGAAACCUUUAGGCCACGGUGUCGUCCGAUGUACGUUAUCCUGCGACAACUUCCUUUCGCUAGUCUGCCUUUGGGAGAAAACGGUGUAAAAUCAGAUAGUCGACUACCAGAACUCUAUCUCGACCAGGAAAAUAAGAGUUCGUCCGGUUAAUCCUUCGUCCUGCUUAAUCCUUCGACGCAAGGAUUAUGCUCAUACUCCGAAUUCGAUAGAUCUAUUUUUAGCUUUGUUUUCACCUUCUUUCUGAAGAAUACAGAAGUAAUGCCACGCUUAUAAAAAAGAGUUCCAGCGAUAAACAAUUGUAAUAAAAAGGGACGGAGUGCUAACUUUUUAUAUUCUCGGUACGAUCUACACUAAGAAAAGAAAUAUCUAAGAAAUAAAAAAUUUUUGCUCGGUGAGUGUUAAUAAUACGUCUAUUUGAAUUUAAGUUAAAUUUAAAUUCUUUUAAAAUUAUAAUAAAAUAAACCACAAUGUUUUCAUGAAAAACUAAGGUCUUAAAAAAAUGAAUAUUUUCUUAUUUAAAAAAUACUUUAUAUUAAUGUAAAUAAUAUGUAUUAUUAUAGUACUCACCGAAUGUAAAUAUUUUUCUCUCUCAAUAUAACGAUUCGGAAAUAAUUGGCGACUUAUUCAUUGAGGAAAAACCGAGUACAAAUUGAUACAAAAAUUUCCUCAGCCGAUUUUUAUCAGUUUCAUCGGUUUAUCCAUAAUUCAUUGUAUAGAAAUUGAUCAUUAAUGCCUUUGCAUCGAAAUAAUAAAAAACAACUCGUUUUCUAAUUAUUUUAUAUGCGUGCCCCGUAAUGAUGUUACGUCAUAUUGUAUUAUAUUGCUUGUAUUAUAUACGUUAUCGUCCUAUCGCGAUAAUUAACGAUACAAUGUGUCAUUUUUACUACAACUGAGCCAUUUCAGAUAGCAGCUGUUCUACGUCGGAGAUAUCGGGGACUGGAAAUUGCUUUCCCUUUAUUCAAUGCGCUUCGAUGCGCUUCGUUAGGGGAGCGGCCCUCCUCCUUUCCUUUCCUCUGCGAUUCGAGUCCGUUCAUCGGCGGUUCUCUCAAUAUCGAUCAAGGCAAUCGCUACUGUUGUAGGAUCGCGGAAUUCGCGUUGGAUGGGUUCGGCGACGAGCGGUCGUGCGCGGCGGCAGGAAUAAAAUGUCAGCAGAAGAAACGGCGCAUCCUAUUAGGGGGCGAACGCAUCCUAUUAAAGGUUCAGAGAUCGCAUUGUUCGUCCGCGUGCCCUUAAACAAGCCAGAUCGCGCGCAGGUUCGUCGUCGUGACGACGCUGGCCUUUAAAUCGCCGACGAUAAAUCCCCGGAUGUCGUUCCCCGUGCGCGACGAUCGCACACGAUCGCAGGUGCACCCGCGUGCUGGAGGAUACGCCGCGGACUCACUUACGCAUGUCCUCGUAACGUCACUUUAUCCCGCGCCGCGAAUAAAAUUCGCGUGCCGCGAUGAAUCUCGUCAUUUAUUCCCGUAAUGAACGGCGAGGACAGUUAGGAUUAACCCUCGCUCAUAAAUUCACAGCCCCGCGCCACGUAGCGCGACUUUGUUAAGGAUCUCUCCUUAACAAAAAUGUCGAGGCAGGUUUCGUAUUCCAGCCGAGACUCCGAGAUCUUUGCGAUCCUCGCGUGGGACGAUAACGUAAACUCUGAUAUUUCUAAUAGCGAUUAAAAAUGUCUAUUAGAAAUAAUUGUAAUAACAUUGUAGAAUAUAGUUAUAAUUAUAUUUAUUGUAAUAAUAUGUUAUAAUUAUAGUUAAGUGGGAAACAACGCUGUUACCAUUGCAAGUUACUUUUUGUCAAUAACGACCUGAUAACGAUGUCAUUUUUUUUCUUUACUAUAAUGGUAACGCAAUUGCUUUUUUUUAAGUUACGGUAACAGGUAUAAUUGCUAUUACUGUCAUUACUUUGCACAUAUAGGAUAUAACAGAUAGUUAUAUGGAGUAAAUGGCAACAACAUAAGAAGGAUCUUCAAAACGUGAAAAGCAACGGAAAUUGUAACGACUCGCUAAGUACUUCUUGACGAAUAACGAUACCGCGUUACUUUUAAAAAGUAAAUGUCCCAAUUCUGUAAUUAAAUAACGAUGAUAAUGAUAAGAAUAUUUCCGAGCUGACACGUCAGUGAAUAAAAAGUUGUAGUACUUGGCUCUAUGUGUUUCGCAACGUAUCUCGUGUCCGUUAGAAAAUGUAUUUUCUAAGAAUUACGUGGAAACAUAAAUUCUUCUACUAGAUACGGAAUGCUUUACGAAAUUCAUCAAGGUAAAAGUGCCGUGAUCUUUUAUCCACGAUAGCGAAUAAUUAAUUAAUUUUAACGUACAAUAGCGAAUAAUGAACAAAUAAGAAAUAAGGAUCAAUGGACGACGAUAAGAAGGACACUCUUCUCCCACAAGGAACAAAACCCACCUGAUGAGAUGUCGGCUCACUAUCGACACGUGCUCGAAAUCGCUAUUAUGACAUUCCGCCUCGUCGAUGAACCAUAUAUCCGUCCACAUUCCCGGAUGACCUCGCGACUGUCGGGUCGCCGACUUCGAGAACAAUGUUAAGAAGGCCCGUUAAAGCACACAGACACACAUACACGCACCAACACCACGCACAAAACGGACGAUUGUCGCGUUUAGCGAGUCGCACGCAGACGACGAUAGCCGUUCGCGCGGAUCGCCCCUUUGUGGACGACGACGAGAGAGGGAGAAGAGCGACGCGAUGCAUCGUUCACCAGGUAUAUAAAGAUGAGGACCUGCAGGAGCACGGAUUCGCCGACAGGACUCCGGUAUACGAUCCCAUUUGUGGUACAGGACGGCCGCGAUAUCGAGGUGCUCUCUCGAGAUGCGUGCCAGGUGAUGCAGUGCGAAGUGUCAUCCUCAUCCUCAUCGUCCCCGUCAUCGUCAACGUCACUGUCACUGUCGUCGUAACUGACAGCCUCACAAUGGUUCAUCGCGGGAUCAUCCUUUCGCUGGUCUGGUGUUUGCUGUCGUACCCAGCGUGUUUCUCGGCCGAGAAACUGGCGCCGGAUCAGCAGGCGCCAUUGUUUGCCCGCGGCUCCGGAGGUCUGAUCCUGAAGCCACCGUUCGAGGGCCCAAGUGCGGCCGCGAGUCCGGCGAUCUCCACGAACGUCAUCAACGAAGACGGCGUCGAGAGGGAAGAGACCGCGAGCUUCAAGGUCGUAGACGGCGAAUUGGUGCGAGUGGUGGAAGGACAUUUCUCCUACAAAAGUCCCGAAGGAAUCCCCGUCUCUGUUAAUUACGUCGCGGACGAGAACGGGAAUCGAGCCGGUUUCAGGCUGGGCGCCGCCGCACUUGGUAUAACACCAUCUCGCAUCAAUGUCGCAGUACCGAAACCAAGAGUACUGGGACCAGGAGGCGGCACUACGUACUUGCCGCCGAAGUCGCCGUCGUCUAACGUCGAUCGCAGCUAUCUACCGCCGCAUUAACGAACCUGGGGAUUCGUGUCUCUAGGCGCAUUUUCGCAUAACAUUUUCGUGCAAACUGAUCGGUGACAAAAACGCAAACUCUCGAUGAACACGACGACGUUCGUCUUUCCUCGUAAUAAGAAUCCCGAUGCAGGAAUAUUAUUCGAGGUGCGACGAUUCGUAAGCCGCGCGCGAGCCAUUGUGAAAAUCAAAAAUUCGAAUUGCUAUAAAUUAUUUUAAAUCUCUGGAAGUAACGAUAAAUAUGCAACGACGCGAAUAUUAUUCGAAGUUUUAUGGACUUUGAGUUUCAGUGUUUGUACUUUACUACGGCAAAGAAUCUCACCUCGGUAUACGACUAUCGCAAUGUUUCGUUCUCGAACUAUCGAAACCGCAAGUGAUGUAUCGAUGCUCGGUGAAAUUUUGAUAGAAGAGAAUCUUCGCAGCACGCGCGCGCGAAAAAUAUUACCAUGUUUUCGACGAGCGUGCUUAUCAUUAGCAAGAACCUCCUGUAAGUUCACGACAUUUGCACAUUGUUCGUGAUACAAUGUGACAUCGUGCAUUUUCACUGUCACAGGGAUUUGUGCAUCGCGAUAUUUGAUGCACUCGAUAGACAGAACAUACUCAUGUAUUGCAUGACGUGAGAGCUCAUGUUUCCAUCAUACAUUCAACAUUGCAAAUGCCUCACCAUUCACUAGUUUGAUAGUUGCCAAAAAUUUAUUAAGAGAAAUAAGUAAAAAGUUAAUGUGUAAAAUUUAUAUAAAUAAUUAAGUAGAAAGUAUAUACGUAUAUACGUAUAUAUGCAAGUUGAAAUUAUGCUAGCCAAUCACAAAGUAAGCUGGCCACGUGUAACUCUAUUGGCGUUUCCUCUCGAGAGAAAUGCAAGAGCUCACUGAGUGUUCAGUGAAUGGUUACAGUACUGAAUACACGCACUGUGUGAAGCGUCGUGGAUGUUAUUUUCACGUGCAUAAAUAAAAGUGCUCACGUUGCUGUAAUAGAAACACCAGCAAAUUAUUCGCAAUGUCAAAGUCAACAAAAUCAGAGUACUAUCUGUCGGAUGAAGAAAUGUAAAUAAUUUUGUCCAAAAUGCAAAGAAUUUACAUUUUCAGUAUUGAUCUAAUGAGUAAUACAGUUGAAUAAAUUUAAAUAAAUAUACAAUUAGCG